UCUAUCACCGUUACUAGGUUAUGGACAAGAUUGACGGGAUCUGCAGGCGGUCUGAUACGCGAAAGUUAAUAUGCCUGGACAUGUAGAACCAGUAUCCACUGAGACAUGUACCAAACAGGUCACCCUCAAUCUCUGACCGCUCCUUGGUGGCUAUGGAUAUAUCACCAUUCGUUCCAUCCGAAAAGCCCUCGCUGCCACUUUGUACAAAGCAAGAUCCAGGUUGACCACCAAAUACUGUUAAUUCCUGGCCAUUAUGCAACACGCCAUCACUAAAACGCCCUCAAUGCUCCGCCGCUUUAAUCUCCCGACAGUGGUUCAACUGAGCUCAGAAUUACACCCGACUCAAGGCCUUAUUGUGCUUUGCCGUGUCGUCAAAGCCCCAGAGCCCCGAAACCUUAUCGUCAGCCGGUUGGGAGAACUCAUACCAAUCGGCCCGGAUGAUUCCAUCCCAGUCGCUCUGGGGGCACGCUGCGCGAUGCGUCACUUUUCGGGAUACACCCCAACCGCUCUAUCUGUCGGUGAUCGUAUCCAGCUGCUAAGCAUGAGCGGAACGGCGGGGUGUAUAACUGGAAACAAUGAAGAAUGGGGACAGCCACCUGAGCUUGAGGUGCUGGGAUGUGUCCUGACUGAUGGCAACGAAGCGCUGACCUUGAGGCAUGGCGCUAUUGCGCCCCGAACCACUCUAGAUGGCGGGGUUAUUCCGCUUGUCUGCGUCGCGGGCACUGCUAUGGAUGUAGGCAAGACGGGGAUGGCCCUCAAGCUGAUUGAGAAGCUUACUAGCCAGGGACUACGUGUUGCAGCGUGUAAGGCAACCGGGGUGGAUUCUGUGUUCGAUACGAUGAAAAUGACAGAGGCAGGCGCCGAGCCGGUCCUGACUAUUGGGGACGGCGGAUUACCGUCUACCUGUGGAGGCCAGGUCGACGUGGUGACAACCAUGGUACUUGGAUUGCUACAGGAGCUUAUGGCGCAUGGGCCUGAUGUGAUUGUUGUUGAGUUCGGUGAUGGCAUUCUCGGGGAGUAUGGCGUCAGAGAGACUCUUGGACAUGAAGCAAUUAAACAAAGCAUGAUCGCAUUGGUUGUCGCUGUGUCAGACUAUGUCGCUGCAUGGGGAGCGAAGGAGAUCACUGGGCAGAUGGGAUUGGAUAUCUCCGUUCUCACUGGACUAGCGGUCAAUAAUGAGGCAUCAGCGGCGUUUCUGGAGAAGACAUUGGGUGUGAUUGCGGAGAGCAACCGAUCUGAAAUCCCAAAGACUUUAGAGCUGGUGACGUCCAAGCUGAGAGAGCUUCAGCUGAACUAG